AGCGCGGUAAGGCGCAUGCAGGGUCCCCGCGCGGCGCUGAUCCUGAGCGCGGGGGAGCUGAGGGUCAGCCACCCGUGCUCCACCACCUGGUACCGCUUGGAGGGCGGCCCGGUAUGCAACUGGCCGCAGCAGCCGCCUGAGCCACGCACUAGUUACCCCGUCCCGUGGCCCUGGGCACGCCACUUGGAGUUUCGGCCUCCAAAGACGCUGCCAUGGCCCAGACCCGCCUCCGCCUGGUCCAACGGGGCUCGUGCUGGUGGCAAAAGCCUGGCCGGCAGCCGCGCCAUCCGGUCGCUCGCCCAUGGCACUCACGCCCGGGGCACCGCAGAUCUACGCCCCCGCGGGCCCCCGCACACCCCGGCCCGUGAUGAUGCCCCGCUGCAGGACGGUUCCCUGGUCCUCUGGCCAGGAUUGUCCAAGGAGUCUCCGCACAUGGGCCGGCUCAGAAAUGCCAAGAUCCAUGUGGAGAGAGCUGUCAAGCAGAAGAAGAUCUUUAUGAUCCAAGGCCACUACCCGGUGAUCCGGUGCCUCUUGCGCCGCAGGGGCUGGGUGGAGAAGAAGAUGGUCCAUUCGUCGGGCACCACCCUACUGUCACCCCAGAAGCAUCUGAAUAGCUCAGUAAUGGGCGAUAGCGACAUCACUGAGGAUGAUGAUCAAGAUGAGGACGAGGAGUUCCAGCAAUCACAACUCUUCAACGAUGAUGUACUGGAAUUGGAUGACCUAGAUGGUACACAUGCUGUGAUGUCCCGCAUGGUUCGGAAUGAGAUCCCCUACUUCAUCUGGACCACUCGGCGGGAUGUGCUGGACUGUCGCUUCCUCUCCAAGGAUCAAAUGAUCAACCACUAUGCCCGGGCUGGCUCCUUUACCACAAAGGUGGGUCUAUGUCUCAAUCUCCGGAAUUUGCCAUGGUUUGAUAAGGCUGAUGCUGACUCCUUCUUCCCACGCUGCUACCACCUGGGGGCUGAGGAAGACAAAAAGGCCUUCAUAGAGGACUUCUGGUUGACAGCUGCCCGCAACGUUCUCAAGCUGGUGGUAAAGUCCGAAUGGAAGUCAUAUUCUAUCCACGCAAAAGAGGAAGAGACCCCAGCAGACGAGCAGCCCAAGAAACUGGAGAAAAAUCCAGUGAUGUUGACUCCAGAGUUUGUGGAUGAGGCUCUAUGCGCCUGCGAGGAGCACCUUAACAACCUGGCCCACCUGGACAUUGACCGGGACCUGGAGGCCCCACUGUCCCUCAGCCCUGCGGGCCGGUCCCUCUUCCUACAGCGCUACUACCAAGUGGUCCACGAGGGGGCAGAACUCAGGCACCUGAACGCUCAGGUCCAGCGCUGUGAGGACAUCCUGCAGCAGCUGCAGGCCUUGGUGCCCCAGAUGGACAUGGAAGGAGAUCGCAACGUCUGGAUCGUGAAGCCAGGAGCCAAGUCCCGUGGCCGAGGCAUCAUGUGCAUGGACCACCUGGAGGAGAUUCUGAAACUGGUGGACGGCAACCCCCUGUUGAUGAAGGAUGGCAAGUGGGUUGUGCAGAAGUAUAUCGAGCGGCCCCUGCUCAUAUUUGGCACCAAGUUUGACCUGAGACAGUGGUUCCUGGUGACCGACUGGAAUCCACUUACCGUGUGGUUCUACCACGACAGCUACAUCCGCUUUUCCACGCAACCCUUCUCCCUGAAGAACCUGGACAACUCAGUGCACCUGUGCAACAACUCCAUCCAGAAGCACCUGGAGAAUUCGUGCCAUCGGCACCCGCUGCUGCCCUCAAACAACAUGUGGUCGAGCCAGAAGUUCCAGGCCUACCUGCAGGACCUGGGGGCCCCAAAUGCCUGGUCCAGUGUCAUCGUGCCUGGCAUGAAGGCUGCAGUGAUCCAUGCUCUGCAGACUUCCCAGGACACGGUGCAGUGUCGGAAGGCUAGCUUUGAGCUUUAUGGCGCUGACUUUGUGUUUGGUGAAAACUUCCAACCCUGGUUGAUCGAGAUCAAUGCCAGCCCCACCAUGGCGCCCUCCACGUCUGUCACCGCCCAGCUCUGUGCCGGUGUGCAAGCCGACACUCUGCGUGUGGUCAUUGACCGGCGGCUGGACCGAAACUGUAACACGGGAGCCUUUGAGCUCAUCUAUAAGCAGCCUGCCGUGGAUGUGCCCCAGUAUGUGGGUAUCCGGCUCCUCGUUGAGGGCUCCACCAUCAAGAAGCCCAUGGCGAUGUGUCACCGGCGGACAGGAGUCCACACAGCGCUCCCUCACCUGACCCAGCGAGGCUCUGGGGAAGGCAAGGACUCGGGGACCCUUAGCCACAUGUCAGUACCUAGGAAAGUUCCUGGGGCCAGGAGCCUGGGGCACGUCGAGAAACCAGACUCCACGGCCACCACAUCGGCUGCUGGGAAGGGGAAGAAGGCCCCUUACCACUUCCCCAGCCUCCACAACAUGGUGCGGCUGCCUUCUCUCCAUGUGCUCCGACCCCAGGGGCCGGUCCUGAGACUGCAGCACAACAAGCUGAUGGGCUCUAAGGCCCUGUUGACCACAGGCAAGCCCUUGAUGAUUCUACCUACAGCCAAGAUUUUUAUUUCCCUCCCACCUAACCCUGAGCUCAAGCAGGCACCCAUCAUCCUGAAACCAAGAAAGGCUGUUGCUCCCAAGCGCAUCCACGGUCCUCGUCCUGGAGGUGCCUUGCGGCCUCUACCCUUUGAAGUUGGAAAUCUUCCUAGCACACACAGGAGUGUCAAGGCCAAAGGCGACUUCAAGGCCAGACUCUGUGACAGACCCAAGACGGAAGCAUACCCCAUGAAGGUGCUGAACCUUCCGGGUCCCCUGCCUCUAAUCGAUGCACACCAGCGGGUGGGGGGUAUGGGGGAUGUGAAGCUAAAGAAGCCAUUGCUUCAGGCCUCACUGUCCGUAUGCCGGAUGCAGCACCAAAUAAAAAGCAAGUAAAGUAUU